AUGAAGGCUCGAUUGGUUGUGUUUCCUAUUAAAGGGAGGACCUGGUGUUUUAGCAGUUCCAUUGAUUCCGCCACAGUAGCCUCUCAAUCUUCCAACGCUCCUUCCACAUUCAAAGACCUCUGGAAAACAAUUUUUUCUUCUCCACGCAAAACAAAUAACGCUUCUGAUGGCUUGAAAGUUGAACUUGUUGUGGAUUUUGCUGCGGACAAGAUGAAUAGAGCUUGGACUAAUCUGGAGAAGGCGCCUCAAGGGACUUUGAAGAACAAGAUUCAUUGGGUUGGAUUGAAGCUGUUGUCACGUGUGAAGCCAACAGAGAUUUUCUUCAAAUCCAUUCCAAAGGAGCUUAAAUGUGUAGAGAUCACAUAUCCAUCGAGUUUGAAUCCACGACUUGUCCGCAGAAGAUUACGGCAUAUAGCCUUCAGGUAA